AUGGAAACGGGGAGAAAGGCGGAGGGGGGAGAGGCAGAGGUGGCAGGUGGUAGAGCCAGUGUGGCAGCGCACGAGGGAAGGGGACGACCACGUUGGCUGGCCGUUUGUGGCGCCGGGAGGGGAGGCGGAGGUGGCAGGCGCAGAGAGCGGCACUCAUCUUUCCCUCAUUCCCCUUCCCCUCUCCCCUGCUCGCGUUCUCCUGCUCUUAUUCUCGCCCUCGCCCUCUCAUCUCAGGUGGUGGAGCCUAUAUGGAAACGCACUAGGGAGGGGGACGACCACGUGGGCUGGCAGUUCGUGGCGCCGGGAGGGGAGGCGGAGGUGGCAGGGGCAGAGAGCGACACUCAUGUGGUGGAGCCUGUAUGGAAACGCACGAGGGAGGGGGACGACCACGUGGGCUGGCAGUUCGUGGCGCCGGGAGGGGAGGCGGAGGUGGCAGGGGCAGAGAGCGACCCUCUUAACGGUGCCCUUUUCCUGAGGGACGUGUAUGAGAAGGUGGACCCCUGUGCCGCCAAGUUCAUUGUCCCUGCAGAGGUGGCAGGGGCAGAGACCGACCCUUUGAACGGAGCCCUCUUCCUGAGGGACGUGUAUGAGAAGGUCGACCCCUGUGCCGCCAAGUUUAUUGUCCCUGGCGAGAGGAGAGGCGGAGGGGGCAGGAGCAGAGAGCGACACCCUAAACGGAGCCCUUUUUCUGAGGGAGUGUAUGAGAAGGUCGACCCCAGUACUGCCAAGUUCAUCGUGCCUGUGAGUCUAAGAGCUCUCUUCCGGAGGGACGUGUAUGAGAACCCUUUAGUGGACCCCUUUGCCGUCAAGUUCAUCGUGCGUGUGAGUGGUGGGAGUGGGUGGGCAGAGAGGGACCCCCUGAAUGGAGCUCUCUUCCUGAGGGACGUGUACGAGAAGGUGGACCCCUGUGCCGCCAAGUUCAUUGUCCCUGCAGAGGUGGCAGGGGCAGAGAGCGACCCUCUUAACGGAGCCCUCCUCCUGAGGGACGUGUACGAGAAGGUGGACCCCUGUGCCGCCAAGUUCAUUGUCCCUGUGAGUGGUGGGAGUAGGGCGAGAGGAGAGGCGGAGGGGGCAGGAGCAGAGAGCGACACCCUAAACGGAGCCCUUUUUCUGAGGGAGUGUAUGAGAAGAAUAGAGAGUGUCCCGCUCAGCAGAGCUCUCUUCCGGAGGGACGUGUAUGAGAACCCUUUAGUGGACCCCUUUGCCGUCAAGUUCAUCGUGCGUGUGAGUGGUGGGAGUGGGUGUGGCUGGGUCCUGUGGGACAAGCAAACGAGCACCAUAGUGAACAACGAGAGUGCGGAGAUCGUGAGAAUGCUCAACUCGGAAUUCAACGCCUUAGCCAAGCACCCUCAGGUAAGUGGACCUUUACCCGCCCCACCUGCGAGCAGCAAUCGACGUGGUGAUCGAGUGGGUGUAUCCAGCGAUCAGCAGCGGCGUCCCUCUUCCUUUCACCCUUCUCACUCGCGCCUUUCCUUCACCACUCCUCCUCAGGUGGACCUUUACCCGCCCCACCUGCGAGCAGCAAUCGAUGAGGUGAACGAGUGGGUGUAUCCGGCAAUCAACAACGGCGUGUAUCGCUGCGGCUUUGCCAAGAAGCAAGGCCCAUAUGAAGAGGCGUUCAAGGAGCUCUUUGCUGCUCUCGAUCGCUGUGAGGACGCGUUCAAGGAGCUCUUUGCUGCUCUCGAUCGCUGUGAGGACAUCUUGUCUCGCCAGCGCUACAUUGCAGGAGACACUUUCACAGAGGCUGACAUUCGCCUGUUUGUCACUCUCAUUCGAUUCGACGAGCUGGGCGUUCUCGGUGCCCCGUCAACAGCGGCGCCAACUGCGGCGCCAUCUGCUACGUUUCCUUCCUACCCUUUUCCAGCGCGUCUAGAUGGAGUUCUGCCCCACGUGUGCCAACAUGCUGCUGGUGGAGCAGGCACACAUGGGGCGAGAGGCGAGGUUCUUCUGUCAGACGUGCCCCUAUGUCUAUGGCAUCACCAGGAAGAUUUCAAGGCGCCAACUGGUGGUGCAAAAGGAGGUGGAUGA